AUCACCCUCCGUGCCACCGGUGGUGAGGUCGGUGCCUCUUCGGCUCUUGCCCCCAAGAUCGGUCCUCUUGGUCUUUCGCCCAAGAAGGUCGGUGAAGAUAUCGCGAAGGCUACUGGCGACUGGAAGGGUCUCCGGGUGACCGUCAAGCUCACCAUCCAGAACCGUCAAGCCGCCGUUUCCGUCGUCCCUACCGCCUCUUCCCUCAUCAUCCGCGCCCUCAAGGAGCCCCCCCGUGACCGCAAGAAGGAGAAGAACAUCAAGCACAACAAGUCCAUCACCCUCGAUGAGGUUAUCGAGAUUGCGAGGACGAUGAAGUUCAAGUCCUUCUCCAAGUCCCUCGAGGGCUGCGUUAAGGAGAUCCUCGGCACUGCUUUCAGCGUUGGCUGCCAGGUUGACGGCAAGAGCCCCAAGGCCAUCAGCGACGCUAUCGCCAACGGCGAGAUUGACAUUCCUGAGGAAUAA